CCGCGCCGCCGCAGUCGUACGUCGGUCGCCCGGGUAACGCGCGUGGGGCCGGGUCCUCAGCAUGAGCGUCCGCGUGGCGCGGGCCCUGGGGGCCUGGGGCUGGGGCGCGGGCGGCUGCCGCGGCGCCUCGAACUUCCGGCCGCCUCCGCCGGGCUCCGUGGACGUGGCCGAGCUGCUGCGAGAUGCGACCACGGCGGACGAGGAGCCCCGGGAGCCGGCGGCGCGGCGGCUGCCCGGCCAGUGCUCGGUGCUGCUCUUCCCGGGCCAGGGCAGCCAGGUGGUGGGCAUGGGCCGCGGGCUGCUGCGCUACCCGCGCGUCCGCGAGCUCUACGCCGCCGCGCGCCGCGUGCUGGGCUACGACCUGCUGGAGCUGAGCCUGCGCGGGCCGCAGGAGGCCCUGGACCGCACCGCGCACUGCCAGCCCGCCGUCUUCGUGGCCUCGCUGGCCGCCGUGGAGAAACUGCAGCACCUGCAGCCCGCGGUUAUUGAGAGCUGUGUCGCCGCCGCUGGCUUCAGCGUGGGAGAAUUCGCAGCCCUAGUGUUUGCCGGAGCCAUGGAAUUCUCUGAAGGUCUGUAUGCGGUGAAGGUCCGGGCGGAGGCGAUGCAGGAAGCCUCGGAAGCUGUCCCCAGCGGGAUGCUGUCCGUCCUCGGCCGGCCCCAGACCAAGUUCACGUUCGCCUGUCUGGAAGCCCGGGAGCACUGCAAGACCCUGGGCAUAGAGGACCCCGUGUGCGAGGUGGCCAGCUACCUCUUCCCGGACUGCAGGGUGAUCUCGGGACACCUGGAGGCUCUGCAAUUUCUCCAGAAGAAUUCCUCCAAGUACCACUUCAGACGCACCAAGAUGCUGCCGGUCAGCGGGGCCUUCCACACCCGCCUCAUGGAGCCCGCCGUGGAGCCCCUGGCGCAGGUCCUCAAGGCCAUCGCUGUGAAGACGCCCCUGGUCUCGGUGCAUGCCAACGUCAGCGGGAGCAGGUACAUGCACCCUAAGCACAUCCAGCAGCUGCUGGUGAAGCAGGUGGUCUCCCCGGUGAAGUGGGAGCAGACGAUGCACGCCUUGUACGAGAGGAAGAAGGGCUCCGACUUCCCCAGGACCUUCGAGGUGGGGCCCGGGAAGCAGCUGGGCGCCAUCUUGAGGAGCUGCAACCUGCAGGCCUGGAAGUCCUACAGCCACGUGGACGUGCUCGAGGCCGACGAGGCUGCGGACGAGGACCUGUAGGGUCUCCGAUGACCACGGGGUGGGGUGAGGUGCGGUGGGGGCGGCGGGGGCUGAGCCAGCCCGGCCUGCCCAGAGGAGGCUGUUCCUGCUGCUUCCUGUCCAGCCUCUGCCCCGUGAUGGGGAGGGACUGUGUGACGCCAUGUAAAGCACAUAAAGUGAGUAUUUAUGCAGCACAGUCCAUUUCUCCUCUAGGCACGUUUGGAUGCUGGGGAAGGGGCAGCUGUGCUGGGUACGUGAAGACUGCUGAGUCUUGUUGUAGUUGAGCCUCGAUUGCUGUUGGUGCCCCUGGGAGGAACUGAUCUCCAGGCCAAUUGGCUGUGGGGACCAGCUGCCCUACAGUGGGAGAGCUGCUGUGCAGGAGACACCCCUAUGCUCAGUGGGGCUUUGGUGCCCACUGUGUCUGCUCUGAGUGUGUUGCUUGUGUAAAGCUGUAAUCUGGUAUGAUCUGAGCUGUCUACUGGUUCUAGUUUCUGCCCUGAUGCCAGACAGUCCAGUUCCUCCCUGUAUGUCUGGGUCCCCCAGCACCUUACCCCCCCGCGCUGGAGCUCAGAGGAAGCAGGACCUUGUAAGUUCAGUGCAUGCGCUAGCCCUUUAAGAGGAACAGCUGGGUCUCCAGCAGCCUGUCACUGAGCCCCAGUCCCUGCUGGUUUUCACAGCCUGUUUACGGGGACUUAUCUUCCCUCUGGGCCUGGGCUGUGGGGCUGGGACCCCUUGCCCUCACGGGGGGCCUCCACAGAGACCACCUCCCUCCUGAUUAAAGCAGUGGCACGCGUGGGUGCCGGUCCGGCCUGUUCGCAUCUG